CACAGAUUUCCAGCGCUGCCUAGUCCUGGCCUCCUCUGGGCGACAUGAUUUCUACAGCAGCUUGCUAGUAGAGGCAAACACAAGUUCUACUUUCAAGGCUACUCUUUACUCUGAUUAUUCAAUAUCGAAAAGGAUGAGUAUACCAGCUGCUUCCGCAGCCACGGAGGCCAUUAUCCUCAAGCUCAUCGGCCAAGGGGACGAUCACGAAGACUGCAAACGCGACACUCUUGACAUAAGAGACAAAUGGGCCGACAGUCUUCAGUCUGCAGAAAAAUAUACGGUAGCAGCUUCAUGCAAUGCCCAGAGCCUCAUGCGACGACAAGAAUGUGUGCCAAAACGCCUUUCCCCAAAAUUCGCUGAAUGGCUCGAGGAGGUCUUGGAGAACCGUAGGAGGCUUGCGGAGAACUAUUCGAAAGCUGGUUGGUCGACGGACUCUAUCAAGCAAUAUCGUCAAGUGCUUGCCGACAAGGCUAGCCUAUCGAAUACUUCAGACUUGGAGACGUAUUGCAGUGAUCGAUGUAUCCUGGCCGAAGAACUCGACAAGACCGGAAAAGCAGAAGAUAUGAAAGAAGCGGUCAACAUCUACCAGGAGACUUUAGCGAAGACGGAAACAGUCCUCGGGUCUGAGCAUGUCCAGAUCGUCAGAUUCCGGUAUGGUCUUGGUGUGGAACUCGCCAGACUGGAGAAAUUUGAAGACGCGAAGAGCAUUCUUCGAAAGAACGUCCAGGUGCCGAGUGCGCAACCUGCGGCUAAUCUCACCCAAGAUGGCAUAGCGGAAAUACUGGCAGACACGAAAGUGUCUCUUCGAACAUGCGAAAUGGCGAUAGCUAAGAAGCUUGAGCUGGAAAAGCAGAUCAAAGCACAGGCAGAGAAAGAACGAAGUCCCCUCGUUAGUAGAGAAAAGGAACGUCUUGGCGCCGAGCAGGACAAGCCAGGACGUCUCGCGGUUUGUGCUGGACCAGUUCCAGAGAAGUUCCCCCAAGUAGAUAGGCAGGCGGUAUGCGAGGCUUCCGCGGAGAGAUAUCAGCAAGAGAAGAAGACUGUGCUUAAAAGCGAAGCCCACAGGCCGCGAUUCGAUACUUUCGAGAGCCCGCCAACGGAAAAUAGAGGCGAUAGAGAUAAGCCGAAACAGGAGCGGCCAGAGCAGCAUCUACCUGAAGAAAAGCGUGAAGAGAAAGAGAUCUUAGACGCUAGAAAGGGGGAGGUCACGAAACCAUCACUUGAAGCAAGAAGUCAUCAAGCCGCAGACGAUCCAGCUCUUGAUGUCGCACAAGAAUCGGGUGCGGGGAGAGUUUGCGAUGAGAGUAGCGAGAAAAUGCCUAUAAAGGAUGGAGCACAGACCGCGCCACCUGAAGUUUGCCAGAACCAAGAGGGAUCUAUAGAGCAACAAGCAUAUGUGCACCUCCCAGACACCAACAAACCGACGCUGAUUGAAGCAGCUCCGCUUAAGCCUGAUUUCAAUAUACACAACCCGUUCUCUGGACUACUCAAUCUAUUUCCGAGCGUCGGCUUCCAAGAGAUGUCUAGACAUAGAGCAACAUCAAACCCAAAUCCCUCAGACCGACAGCCUGAGUGCUACUCAGGGCCAUCCAAAUUAGACAAGUGUACGACAAGCGUCAGCCUCCAGAGUUCAAAAAGUAAUGCAUCAAGAACUCAAGUGAAUCAUGCCGACGCAAAGAAGGCAAUCGUCCCUACAGGUUCCCCUGAAAAACAGCCUAUAGACGCCCCAACGGCCAAUAUGCUGCAGGAAAGCUCGCGAACGGUUCAACCCAGAAUUUAA